AUGACUACGCAGGGUUAUGCAAUCUCCGUCCUAUUGUACAUAGGAAAAGAGACCACUGAGUCUGCUUUAGACGGCACUCUCAUCAGACGGGAAGAUGACACGACGGAUGUAUCAAGGCUGGGGGAGAUUGGCAUUCCAGAGCUGAACGGUACCGGCCUCUGUAGGACGAAGAAGCUUCAAACGAAACAAGCGGGGCUGAUAGAGAACGGGUUGACUUAUCUUCUUACUACGAACAUGAUUGAGUACCGUCGUCCGGAUUUUGCGACGUGCACUGAUCGCGGGCUGAAUGUAUUAACCACGAUCCGUAAUCAUCUGAACAGGCGCUGGCCGGCGAACAAGAUCGAGUCCAAGACCGCGGAGAACAUGAUGGUGCAGGUGGGAGGACUCAGGAAGCAUAACAAGCCCUCAAGAGGACUUAUUGAGGCGUCGGAAGACAAGGCUUUCUUGAACAACCUUUUAUCGGAAACCAGGGCUCGACUUGCGGCAUCCGAACAGCAGACUGAGGACCUCCAGCGCCAGCUGGGUACAUUACGCGCGGCCGAAGUGCGCCGUGAGCAAGCGCAACUGUCUCAACCCGCGCUGGCGCGAACUCAGUCCAUGCCCGAACCAAUGAACGCGCCAUUCACGCCAGCCAGGCUCAAAAACCCUGCGGGGACGAUCCCCACGCCUGAAAGCCCGACCCCAAGACCCUCGCGCCAUCGCUCUCGAGCUGCACCCACCACACCGACUCGACCCGGACCGUCGUCAUCUCAUCGCUCUCUCGGCUCCCCGAUACGCGAAGACGAACCCAUGGACGUAUUCAACGACGACGUUCCGGUGCCUGACGUCGAUGGACUACCACAAACCGCACGUCCCGUUGCGCCCGCUUCCCCUCCCCCCACCCCGGGACCUUCCAACACGAACAUACACGCGCAUUGCGAGGAGCGCAUACGCGAUCUCGAGCAGGCCAAAGAUCAGGCCGUUAGUAUAGCCCAGCAAGCCGCCCACGUUCUUGGCGCGGGGGCCAUACAGAACCUGAUCCGUUUGUUCGGCGGGGGAGGAUCAUCUUCGUCAUAG